AUGAAGGCAGCCAAAAGAUUUUUGCAUCACCAAGAAGUGCUCGACACGGCUGCCCAGCAAGGUAGACACUUUCUCCACUUCACAAUCAACAUACGACACGUUCUGAGAAACAAGGGCCUCGUGGUGGGCUGUGGUCUGGGUGGCCAGACCAGUGAGGUGGAUUGGAAGGAGCCCCGCCGCGUCCUCUUCGCCGUGCUUGACGAGGCGGCGUACGAGGCUGCGGCCAAAGAGGAGGCUCUCGACGUCGGUUGCCGGGGGAUUGACAUGCCUGGCGCCUUCCAGCUGAUUGACACCGAUCUAGACACGCUCACGCCUACCGCCAUCGAAUAA